CCCUUAUGGUCCGCUCCUACCUGCGCGCAGCGCACAGGGCCGCCUCCCUCGGGAUGCUAUGUGCCCCCCCCGGCAGCCCACGCUGCAGCAGCGCUCCGGGCCGCCCGCUCCUCGCCUCCCCUUCCAUGACCCCGGGCUGCGGCCGCUGCCCCGCUCUCCUCCGCAAUGUUUCCUAGCCCUGUGACGACGACUCCCUUCUCGGUCAAGGAUAUUUUGAACCUGGAGCAGCAGCAGCAGGGCGGUCUGGCCCCCAUGGAGCUCUCUUCGCCCUCCUGCAUGUUGGCCACCUUCAAGCAGGAGGCGUUCGGCUCCGAGCCGCCCGCCCUGCCCGAGCUCCCCGAGCCGCCCCCGGCCAAGCCGCCCGCCGCCUUCCCCGGCCCCUACUACGUGAAGAGCUACGGGGAGAUGGACACGGCCAAGGAUUCCAAGGCGGACAAGAAAGAACUGUGUGCCCUGCACAAGAGUCUGGAGCAGGAGAAGAGAGAGCUGGAGGAUCCCGAGCGGCCCAGACAGAGGAAGAGGAGGAAACCCCGCGUCCUCUUUUCUCAAGCCCAAGUCUACGAACUGGAGAGAAGGUUCAAGCAGCAGAAAUACCUCUCAGCUCCCGAGAGAGACCAUCUAGCGAACGUCCUAAAGCUCACCUCUACCCAGGUGAAAAUUUGGUUCCAGAACAGAAGGUACAAAUGCAAAAGGCAGAGACAGGACCAGACCCUGGAGAUGGUGGGGAUCCCACCCCCCCGGCGGAUAGCGGUGCCGGUGCUGGUGCGGGACGGGAAGCCCUGCCUGGGGGAGUCUUCUCCCUACAGCUCGCCCUACAAUGUCAGCAUUAACCCCUAUAGCUACAACGCCUACCCCGCGUACCCUAACUACAACAGCCCUGCCUGCAACGCCAACUACAACUGCAGCUACCCGGCCGUGCAGCCCGUGCAGCCCUCGGCGGCAGGCAACAACUUCAUGAACUUCAGCGUGGGGGACUUGAAUUCGGUGCAGCCGCCCAUCCCGCAGGGGAACGCGGGCAUCUCCACGUUGCACGGGAUCCGAGCGUGGUAGGGCGGCCCGGGCCCGGAGCUGCGCGAGGGGUCGGGACAUCGCCGGGCUGCGGGGCGAGGGCGGCUCGGUGCGGGACCGCGGGGAGCUCCCCGGGGCUCUGGGGCACGGUGUUCGACCCGCUCAUUCCCCUCUCCCCACCUUCCUACAAAACAGUCGGUCAUUUCGCUUGACUUGUUCCUAAACAACGGCAAGCCAAGCCCUACAACUCAUUAUUAUUAUUAUUUCUUCUUUUUCUUUCUUUCUUUUUUUUUUUUAAACUCUUAUCCUAAUUAUUAUUGAGAACCACAUUUAAUUUUGCACUUCCCGUCCGGUUCCUCCCCCCCCUUUCCCUCCCGGUCGCCGCUCCCCGCGGUCGCUGUCCCCCAGCGCAGGACGGGGACGGCCCCACCGAGCUCCGGGAGCUCCGAUCCGCCCCCCCCCCGCUCCCCGUAGGGUUAUGCACUAAAACGUGAGUUAGGAUUCAGAUGCACUGCCCGCUCCUCGCCCCGCCACCCGUUCGGACGUGUUUCCCUUUGCUGUACGAGCUGACGGAGAUCAGCGAGUUGUCAUUAAAGAGAGUGGCUUCAC